UGUACUCCAGGCAUGUGCAAAGCUGCUCCUUCUAUUGUUGGGUGCAAGGGAGGAAUAUCUCCUUUGGCAGUGCAAUUGAAUUCGACUUUAAGGCGGCGGCCCGCCUCGAACAGCAAUAAGAUUGCUUUUAGAACUAUUUAUUUUUCAAUCAGCUCAGAGAACUACCUGAAUUUUAUGCAAUGGCUCUUCUUACAAUAAUUAGCCCAGUGCUUACACUGCUCGCUACCUUGGGGUCAUGCUACUCCAAAUUCGCCCGUCCUCCAGAAUGGGACCCAGAACAAGAUGUCGAUGGAGACAUGGUACUCAACCAACACUACAACACAGGAGAUAAGAUUCCGAUUCUCUAUGAGACAAACUUGAAAAGUACCGAACUCUGGAUUUGGCAAGUUCUGGACGACAUCGAGGCUGGUGCUCAGUUAAAAGAAACAGAAACUUAUUGGCAGGCUCAGUACGAUAUUGCAGAUGUAUUAAGCAAUAACGAGGACUCUGUUUACUAUUUCGAGUUAUAUCAACCUGACGAUAAAGCUCGACUGGCUAAAUCUCAGUAUGUCAAUGUUAGCGCGCCGAGGCGCGACAAGACCGAAACUGUCACUGUAUCAGUAUCUAUGUCAAAGACCUUGGCAUUCUCGACACAAGCAUCUACACUGCAAACAUCGAUAAAUUCAGCCAGUGAUACCGAUACUGAGCCAACCGAUUCAUCCUCGAGCGAUGAAACCGAUUCGUCUUCAGAGACAAAGUCAGGCCCUGGACUAUCUUCGGCAGCGACUGGAGGCGUGGCCGCUGGUGCGACGAUUGGUGGACUUUUGAUCUUUGGGGGUAUUGGAUGGUUGGCUUGGAGGAGGCUUGCGAGGAAGAAGCAAGAUAGGCCAAUCUCUGAACUUCCUGCUGAUCUUCCUCAACAGUAUCAGCCUGACACUUCUCAGACCAAAGCUGAGCUAACAGGAGACCCUGGCACAUAUCCUCCAGGCUAUGCAAGAAGCCCCUCGGGGAUCCACGAAGCACCAUAAGCACUGGUCCAAGGUGGUAAUUUUAUACAGGAAUCAAGGUUAAGGAGUAGUAACAAAUAUUUGAUUAAUAUUCAAUAAAUCUUAUAAGAAGCUAUUAGGAAAUACGGUGUACAUGCGUUGGAGAAGACUACAGAAACCUAUUACAACCUAGCGAUUAAAAUAUUGGCCACACCACAUUUAUACAAGCAUAAGAGAGACGCAGGAUAUAUCCCGGUGUAUAGUCAGGGCUUAGUGAGGUUGAGAUAACUAUCCUCAGAA